UUGCGUCACUCCACCCGGACAAGCCUCACGUUUUCCCGACUGUGUGACCUCAGACCGUCGUUGGUGGACCCGAUGCACGCCUCUUAGCAUUAGCUUAAUUGAAAGGCGGCAGCAAGUGAUCCGAAGUAAAUUACACUAAAUCCAACCGUCGCCCCGGCAGAAGAGGAAGAGAGGAGCGGAGCCAGCAGGAGACAUGCCCACAAUCGAAGAGCUCUCCCCAGAUGCGGGCCCGGUGUCGAUCCGACCCCCCGAGAACGAGAUCGACGACGAUGAAGAUGAAGACUUUGAUGAGACCCUGAUGGAGAGGCUGUGGGGCCUGACGGAGAUGUUUCCAGACACGGUGCGUUCAGCUGCCGAGGUGUCGGCCCAGUGCUCCGUCUCACUGGCCAAGCAGUUUUACAGUUUUUCCCGCUCUGCGCUCUGGAUGGGCACCACUUCCUUUAUGAUCCUGGUGUUGCCUGUGGUGUUUGAGACAGAAAGACUACAGCUGGAGCAGCAGCAGUUACAGCAGCAGAGACAGAUCCUUCUAGGACCCAACACUGGGAUGUCUGGAGGGAUGCCCGGCAUGAUGCCGCCUGCACCUGGCAAGAUGUGAGGCGGGCCAGGAAGGACCAACAUAAGCCUGACAUCUGCUGCUAGCCACACAGCAGGGUCGUUCACAAGGAGAGACAGAGAGACCAUGGAGAAGAGUAAAGAACUGCAGUAAAGUUUUGGAUUGGCUAGUGGAUCGGAGGAGGAGCGGGAGCAUGUAAAGCAACUCUGACACUUCUCUCUCGCUGUCUCUCCUUACUCCAACAUCAUGCAGAGACUGAUUUCCUGAAGCACUGCUUCUAUUUUCUUUUUUUAAAUAAACUGUUAUUUCAGCAUAAAUAAUGUAGAGGAAGGCAGUUAUAGAGGGAUAAGAUGAGAGGAAAAAAAAUCUUGAGGUUACCAAUUGUAUGUGUCGGUGUCUGCAGUCUGAAGAUCAUUAAUUUACGUUUGUUGGCACUUCUGUCCAUUGUCAUGUGUUUUCUGCAUCCAUUUGUAUUAGGAGAAUAAUUUUCAAUAACCUGACAGGCAGGUUUGAUGAAUAUUGACAAGUGGAGCAGACCAUAUUAAUUGAUAGGAAUGUGGUCGACAGAUUGGCCUUUUGACAUUUUACAUGCUAAGUGAUAAUCUUUACUAUGUGGUCAUUCUGACCGUUCAUAUCACAUAUGUCAAAAUGUCUCACUUUAAACUAUUCAGAGUUAUUGGUUUUCUUAUGUUUCUCUGGUUUUCUGAUCAACGAUUGAAAAAUUGUUCUGUCCCUCUCCAGCACUAGUGUUAAAAAUAAAUAAAUGAUUAUGUCGGCAUUUAAAACGGGCGAUGUUUCAUUAGUCUGUGGACAAACUUUUGGACAAACUUUGAUGCUAAAUGUCUCAAUAUUUCCCUGAGAGAGAUGUUAUGUACUUUUCUCUGUUCCCAUUCAUAUGACAAUUUUCAUUCUGUAACAUACUGUCCUUCAAGAAGCAAACACAUGUCUGUUUUGUGUUCAACAUGACUUUGGGAAUAAAAACACCAAAUCAAGUGGAAA